GAGCAAUUCUAGCUCCUAAGUUCACCUAGACUCCGUCCUUAAUCCUAACAAGUGGCAUCAGAGCGAUAUUAAGGACAUUAAGAGGAUCCAACACUCUCCCGAUGGUGAUUGUGCUCGAGAAGGAACUUGCUGCCAUCUCCAUGCGACCAGGGGACGAUGUGAAGCCGGUCCUUAACAAGAUCAAUGACACCUAUGCAAGGAUGGCAGCAGCGGGGAGCAGUGUAUCUCAGCUGCAGCAGUGCACCAAGAUCAUCUCGGUGUUGGACAACUCUUGGGACAACCUCAUCCCCACCCUCAAUUCUCAGCAAGAUCAAUGGACACCUGAGUGGCUAAGGCCUAAGUGGCAUUGGGUGAGGAGACUUCUUCAUAAGGAGGUGCGGCUGGAGAUAGUGAAGACCCAUCAGCACGCAGCAGAUAUUUUCACUAAGCGUCUGGCGGAGACGGAUCAUUGGAAGGGCAUGAAGCUUGUUGGGAUAAGUGUGCAUUGAGUAUGCAUGCUUGAGAUGUUGGUAUGGU